AUGAUGGCCACGUCAGCAGCACCUUCCGCCAACCCCUUCAGUGACAGAUACGCCGAGUCUCCUACGCAGCCUAUGAAGACCGUCGACACCGAUGUAUUCCUCAAGGUCAACACCAGCAGCAAGCCUGGCUAUGACAGCGACAAUGUAUCUCACAACAUCCAGCACACUAUUCUGGGCAAGCCUGGUGUUCAAUGGGUUCCUAACCUCAAAUGGACCCCUCCCUCCUCCCGCGGCUCUCGCGUAAGUCUGUCCAGCAUGGAUGGUUCGUCCACAGCGCCCUCCUCGCCGAUUUCCGAUGACACGGAUGAGCCAAUCGAGUGGAAUAGUGGUAGCCUCAUGUACCUCAUCAGCAUCCUGACGCCGGAAGAGCUAGAAGCAGACACCUUCACCUUUUCUCCACCACUCUCGGUGCUAGAAGACUUCAGAAACCCAUUUCACCUUCAACUCUACAACAAGGAACACAUAUUGGUCGCCAAAUCAGACCCAAUUUGUUUGGGCCCAAAACAAGCCCUUCGCUCGAUCGCUCAUGACCUCAUGUCAGACCACAAGUUUAUCGACGCCACCAUCGGCAAGCUGAACGCACUGUGGGCCAUCCACAGUAGCUCGGGACUUACAUUGGCGUCGAUGCUACGCGGAAUGGAAGAGAUGAUGACGGUUGCCGACGACGAAUGGCAGCAGCGUAUCUAUCAGCUGAGCGGCGCAGUCGAUGGAGACUACGUUGGUGAGUGUGUGGAUGGAGAGUGCUCCAUAGAGACUCGUCUGGAGUACUACCUGCUGCUGAAAGGCAGGGACGCCCUGGAAGAUUCUAUGCGGUGUGUAAGUCACGUUUUGGGCUUGGACUCCGACGAGGAGAGGGCAGAGCGCGCGAGAAUAUUUGGGGAGGCAGGUAGCUUCCUCGAGAAGGCGUUUGAAGAGAUGUUAGCUGAGGUGUAG